GGGGGUGGGGAUAAAAGAAGAAGAAGAACCAACCCUUAAAAAAACGACGAAGGACAAUAAUGGGAAUGUAGAAUUAAUAUCAAGAAUUAGAUCAAGGCUGUAGAAUAUCUAAAUCUAGGUUCUAGCCUAGGUUCCGGCCGCCUUGCAGAGUUCAGUCUAUUCAAUAAAAAUAUAAAAAAAUGUUAGCGCUUUGCUUUGGACUGAACUGGACUUAGGAUUCCAGGCCCAGGAACUAGGGUAGGCUUAGGCCUAAUUUUCUGUAUAAUAACAAGUUCUUCACAGCUUCGUUAAUUGUUUUCCGAUUCAGUGUCAGUAGCCCUGAGUUUGAACUCUUGGACCUGAAAAAAUUGAAGGUUUCACGAAGGUGUAGAAUCGCAGGCAGAUUCGCACUCUCCCCGACUCUGCUGCUUCUUCUACCGCGUUGCCUCGUCGUUGCCUAACUCGUUACAGAAGACAGUGGCUCAACUGUAACGAGACUGUAUUCACACGGGAGUUGGACUUACAUUCAGGCCUCAUCUUUGGGCAAGAUGAUUCAGAGACAACUGUUGAAGCUUCUGAGAGGGAGUACAGGCUCUUCUAUCGCACUCCUAACCCGACAAUCCAAGCGAGGCAUCUUGGGACCAUGUUGCUAUGGUAUCAACUUAACACAUCGUAUAUCGAGAAAUCUAUCUGUUUCACACUGCAUCUAUCGACAGACCAUCUCAUCUGAUCAUAUACUGACCAGUAAUUUUCCAGAUAUUGAUAUUCCCAAAGAUGUGACCUUCCAUGAGUUUGUCUUCAACCGAUGUGACAAGUAUGGAGAUAAGGUUGCCUUGGAGGAGUUUGCUACUGGGAAAACGAUAAAAUAUAGUCAGCUGAGGGAGACGUGUCUGAAAGUGGCCAGUGGGCUUCACAGGCUGGGGCUUCGUAAGGGAGACGUGCUCCUAACAUUCUCAACCAAUAAUAUUGACUUCACCGUGCUAAUGUUGGCCUGCUCAUGCAUCGGUGUUUGGUUCUCUCCCGCAAAUCCAACUUUCACGCCAGCACAAAUUUGUCUUUGGGGAAGCUCCAGGGUUCGAAUCCUUCCAGAAGUUGCUGGAGGACGAUGGGUCAGCUCUGCCAGAGGUGACAUUUGACCCCAUGGACGAUGUCCUUGUCCUGCCCUAUUCCAGCGGGACCACAGGCCUGCCCAAAGGUGUCAUGUUGACACACAACAACUGCGUCGCCAACAUCCUUCAGCUAGAACAGUCCCUCCCAGUGGCCGCCACAGAUGUGGCCUUGGGACUUCUUCCCCUGUAUCACAUUUACGGGAUGGUCGUUGUCCAGUUUUCUGUGCUGACUAGUGGCGGUCAAGUCGUCUAUCUGCCUAAGUUUGAGCCAGAACAAUUUCUGAAAUGCAUUCAAGAAAAGAAGGUGACUCUGGCUCAUCUCGUACCUCCGUUGGUUGUGUUCCUGGCCAAGCACCCAAUGGUGUCCGACUAUGACAUCACGUCGGUAAAGCGUGUUGUGUCUGGCGCUGCACCUCUUGGAGCAGAUAUUUCCUCAACUUUCCUUGAGAGGCACAAACAGGUCGAGUUCCUUGGGCAAGGGUUUGGACUCACAGAGACGUCUCCAGUGACCAAUGUAGAUACGUCAAUGACUCUGGGCUCUGUGGGAUACAUGAUACCCAACACAGAGGGAAAGAUUGUAGAUCUUGAGACUCAAAAAGUCCUUGGACAGAGAGAAGAUGGUGAGUUCUGUGUGAGGGGCCCACAAGUGAUGAAGGGUUACUUCAACAAUCAAAAGGCGACUGACGACAUGGUGAAACCUGAUGGCUGGUUGUUCACUGGUGACAUCGGCUACUAUGAUGAGAAAGGAAGAGUUUACAUCCAUGACAGACUCAAGGAGCUCAUCAAGUAUAAAGGCUCACAGGUGGCUCCAGCUGAACUUGAAGCGUUGCUUCUGGGUCACUCAGAGGUUGCAGAUGUGGCAGUUAUAGGAAAACCUGACGAGAACGCUGGGGAGUUGCCCACUGCUUUUGUGGUGAGGAAAAAGGGGUCAGAGGUCACAGAGCAGGACAUUGUGCAGUUUGUACAAGAACGAGUUGCCCCUUCCAAGAGGCUGCGUGGAGGUGUGCAAUUUAUCGAUGAGGUGCCCAAGAACCCAAGUGGAAAAAUUUUGCGGAGGAUUAUCAUGGCAAACUACCUAUGAACUCAUGGAUUUCUAAGUCUCUUUCUUUCAAGAGGAGAACGCUGGUUGGAUUAUAUAUUUACUGCUCAACUGUUAGUUUUUGCUGCAUUGUUUUCAAGCCAAUAUUAAGUAAAAUGUAUGUUAAGCAAGAUUUGUACCAUGAA